AUGUGCAUCGUAAAAGCAGUUAAAUUAUGUAUACUGGCAUAUUUACAACAGCAGUGCCUGGGUGGGAAGAAUUGGUUAUCUGUAAGGGAUUUUUUGCUAAUAUUGAAUAUAGUGUUUUUCAAUGUUGUUUCGGCAGUGAAUUAUACUGUGUUUAAACAGUUAUGGAGACCUCUUGACCUCGUGAUACAUUUGCAUCCAGCUUACUCUGGGCCUGCUAACGACUUCACAGCAUUUGUGUCUAUUGACCUCCAUAUCACUUGUUCGGAUGAUUAUCCUUUAAAAAGUGCUCCCAAAGUUUUUUUGGAAAACCCUAAAGGACUUUCAGACGGAGAUGUCAAAAAAUUGAAUUGUAUUCUUACAAAAAAGUCAGAUGAAAUGUUGGGAUCGGAGGUAGUGCUUGAGCUCUGUCAGAUUGUAGAGGAUUUUUUGUCUAAAAAUAAUAAACCACCUGAGGGUUCAUUUCACGAUGGUAUGCUUCGUGAAAAGGCUGCAGCUGAACACGAAAUAAAGAAGCAGAAAGCUACGACAGAGCAACGUGAGAGAGAAGAAAUUGCCGCUUUUCAAGAAAUUCGACGUGAAAAAUUGUUAUGGAAAGAAGCUGAAAACUAUGAAAGGACUUCAAACAGGCACUUGUCUAUUUUCUCUUCAGAACUUUUGUGUUGCAUCGAUGGUGUAGAAAGGCGUAUCUGCCCUUCUAGUUCAAGCGGUCCGAGGGCUCUAAGUAAUAACAUUUAUAAGGAAUAUUCUGCUCACGUGUUUGACACGGGUAGCGAAGUUUUGGUUACCGAAUGGAGGUUCAUUUAUUCGUUAGGGCGGAGAGGUGCUUUGCGUAAAGCUGACUUUCGUGUGCAACCGUUUCUUGAAAAAUUAAGCGCUUUGGAGGACCAAAUGUUACGAUUAACAAAGUGGAAGGUUGCUUCGCAAAACCUUUGCUCUUACAGCUUCUUCUCAGUUCUAAAAAACUCGGUUUCGCCAACAAAAGUUGACGUCAGAAUUCUGCUUGCUCAGUCUGUAGGAAGCGGUGAUACAGUUUUGUCGAGAUGUGCUACAGAUCUUCUUUUUCGACCGACAGUUCUUUCGAAAUUGGCAGCACAAACCUUAUUGGCUUUAAAAUCCCUUCAUUGUCAACAGUUACUACAUUCGAAUUUAUCUCCUGAUACUAUUUGGGUGACCACUAAUGAGUCUUUUCAGACUUCUGAUUAUUAUUUAAUCCCAUUUAUCGAGGAAGUUCGAGAAGCUUUUGAAAGCGGUGCUGGCAAAGAUGAUCUUUCCACUAAGAGAAGCUUUUCAAGAAAGGACGAUAUUCUACAGCUGCGAAAUUUACUUCAAGCUUAUUCUUCAAAACUAAGUGAUGGAAAAUUUAAAGACUCAUUAUACAGCUUUUUAUUGGCUUGUGCAAGUGCAGAGUCUAUUGAAGAAUUGGUCGACCAUCCGUUUUUAUUGUGUGUAGAAUCACCUUCAUUUGCUGCCUCAAUGUUAAACAAUGAGGGAAUUAAUUUUGACGGUAGUAACAGGUUAAAGAACGAGUUUGUCUAUUUGGAUUUUCUGGGCAAGGGUGGAUUUGGCGAUGUUGUUCUUGCACGGAACAAGUUAGACGGAAACGAUUACGCGAUAAAGAGGAUACCACUUGACCCAAGGGAUGAGAAGCUAAAUAGAAAGGUCAUGCGAGAAGCAAAGCUAUUUUCUGGCCUUUGUCAUACGAAUGUUGUUCGAUAUUUCAGUGCAUGGAUAGAACACGUCCCGAAACCUUCCUCCCCAUCAAGAUCUACAACUGCUGAAAAGGCAGAGGAGGGUGAGCGGCAAAGCUCUUGUGAAAAUUCUAUGUUGCCUGCUAAUCUGCGAAAUAUUGAGUCUCGUGUUGCUGACAUUCCAGUUGAGUCUGCAGCGGAAUGGUCUACUUCUUUCCACAAGCUAGACGUUCAUUCGUCUAGUUCUACUUCUGGUUCAGACGAUGAAGAAUUACCUUUUUUUAAAAAAAACCACUCAUCAAAUGUUAUCAGCACAACCAACAACUCAGAUUUUGAAAUACUCUUUGAAGAAAACGAAGUUCGUGAAGCGGUCGGCGAAAUUAGUGAGAGGGAAUUAGCCGAGUCUGACGAAAAAUCACGGGGAACUGAUUCAGCUAGUAGUUUAGAUUUGGGUUUUAGGGUCUUGUAUAUUCAAAUGGAGUACUGUGAACAAUCGACGUUGAGGUCACUUAUUGAUAGUGGAGAACUUUCUGCUAUUCCAAGAAGAAUAUGGCAAAUUCUGAAACAGAUCCUGCUUGGGCUACAAUACAUUCAUCAGGAAGGGAUGAUACAUCGAGAUAUUAAACCGAUGAACAUCUUGAUUGAUGGCACGGGGACAGCUAAAAUUGGUGAUUUUGGCUUAGCAACUCGCAACUACUUGGAACGACAAAGUGCCUGCACAAUUUCUAGCGAGAAGGAGGAAUCUUUAACGAAAGACAUAGGAACUGCUCUUUAUAUUGCACCAGAACUUCUUUCUACAUCUGGCUUGAAAGUAGAUUACACAGCUAAAAUUGACGUUUAUAGUGUCGGCAUAGUUUUAUUUGAAAUGUUUUAUCGGCCGUUGUUACCUGGCAUGGAAAGGAUAUCCAUUUUGAAGACUUUGAGAAAUUGUUUUUUUUUUCCUGACGACUUUGCGACUGAAGUUCCAGAGGUACAUCGUAAAACGGCUAAAGAUCUUAUAAAAUUAAUGCUCACGUUGUCCCCCGAUGAAAGACCUUCAGUUCGUGAUGUAUUAGAGAGUGAACGCAUUCCAUUGAUCGAACUCGAAGAGAGCGAAUUUCAGAAGAUAUUUUCCCAGACAUAUCGCUCGAGGAACAGUAAACUGCGCCAGUGGAUGCUCGAUACUAUGUUCUCUGAACCAGUGCCACAAGCAGUGGAUUUCUUGUAUGACCAAUUUAUAUGUUUGCCAAAGAAUAGUCUUGGAAUUCCUGCAGUUCGAGCUAUGGAUAUGAUAGAGCAACAGCUUUCAAAGAUAUGCCUAAAUCAUGCCUUUGUGAAAUUUCCUGCUCAUUCGAUUGUUCCGUCUCGGUUGUCGCCGAGCGCUGUUUCUAGGAUGAAAGAAUGCAAGUUUAUAGAUGACUGUGGCACAAGCGUUUCGCUUCCGUUUGAUUUGAGAAGGGCAUUUGUACGGUAUUGCGUUCGUAAUGGUAUUAAUCGUUUGAAAAGGUUUCAUUCCGGGAAAGUCUACGGAUAUACCGAUGAACUUGCUGGUACUCAUCCUGCAGAAAGGUCAGAAUUUUCUGUGGACUAUUUGGGACCGCAUAGUUCUUCACCUUUAUUGGAUGCCGAGAUACUUAUUAUUACUUUAGAAGCAGUUUCCUGCAUUGAACUGUUUCAAUCUUUCAAAUGGGAACUGAAAGUUGGGCAUCUUUCUUUAAUCGCAGCAGCUGCUACAUAUUUAGGAUACAGUGAUAGCAGUGCUCAAAUGAAAAUUCUAAACGCUCUUCAUAAAAUUUCGAGUUCGGAAGAAUUGCUAAAUAAAAAGCAGCGAAUUGACCGGCUUCAAACUUGUGCUGAAAUGUCGCAGAAUCAAGCAACUUCAUUGCUCAGCAUCCUUGAGGGGGACGAAUUUACAAUGAAUGCUCUUCGUGAGCGCUUCCGUCCACUUCUGCGUAGUCGCAACGAUAUGGUUAGAGAAUUUGCUAAGAAAGGUCUUGACGAUUUGACAAGCUGUUGCGGUAUCCUGGAGACUUUUAGUGAUAUGACUGAUCGAGUUAUUUUCGACAGUUCACUAUGCUGUAGGCCAAGUACUUUUUCGAACGGUCUUGUUUUUCAACUCACAAUACUUUAUCCUCGUAAACGAGGUGGAAUGCGACCUGUGGUCAUCUGCUAUGGGGGUCAUUAUGAGGGAAUGCUGGAGCAAGAACGACGUGGAAGAGACCCUGCUCCGCCAACUCCAACAUGUCUAGUCGGUUGUGGUUUUAUUAUGGACUCUCUUGCCAAACUACACUGUGCACGUUUUCCAGGUUUUGGAAAAUCUUUAUGUUCUGCCCUUGUUUGUUCUGUUUCUUCUGAACUGAUUAUGGAGGAAGUUUGUUUGGUUAGGCUGCUCUGGGAAAACAACAUAUCAGCAGAUAUACUUUACGACCCGGUAUCAUCAGUGCACGAAUUGGGUCUACUUGAACACUGCAGUGAGAAGGAGAUUGGAAAUAUAUUAAUAGUAACGGAUAGGAACGAGGUUUUUCUUCGAUCACAUAACACUGAUUAUGGGAAACUGUCAUUUUCUGAUGCCGUCGCCAAGAUUGAUUCAGCUGGCGAGAAUGGUACAGUGUCCUCCUGUGAAAUAAUGGCACGCUCACGGCAAGCGACUAACUCGUCAUCAGUAGCUACUGCCGCGAAUAUCAGCAUUCAUUUCGCAACUUCCGAGAAACUAGCUUAUAAUACAAGAAAAAGAAUUGAGGUGCAAGUUCCAUUAUUCAUGCAAAAAACGUUGGCUAAUUUUUCAUCAUCAGCACGAAUCGAAGUGGUAGUGUGUGAUUUGCCCAGCGAUGCAGUCCGUCAACUUGUCGCCGCCAUAGACAGGAACCUUUCUUUAGAAGAACUUCAUGUUGUUUUUGAUAAUCUUUCUCUACAAUUGAAUAAGUAUAAAAAAGGACUAAAAUUUAUUCAUGAGACUCUGGAGAAUGCUGUUUUGUUUGGUCGGCAGACUUGGUUAAAGGCUAUCUUCCGCUUUUUUGGGGUGUUAAGUAAAUCGAUUUUUGCUCCUAUCGAUUUCCCAGAGGGCACGACAAAGUCGGUGAUAGGUGACGGGAGAGGAAGACGACUUGCGGUGAGGGGAGAGAGGGAACUGCAAAGCACACGGGGAUGGGAGCUGCACUGCGGCCCCGUACAGGUCGUCUCUACCGGUGAUGACAAUGAUGGUGCUAGUGAUGAUGAUGUUGGCCACCACUGCAGUAUCCAUUUUGCUGCAUACAACAAAUGA